AGGAAGAGACAUAGGCUGUGGCCACCCCUGCCCCAGCAGUCAACUCCCAUGCUAGACUCUUUGGCGGCAGAACAAAUGGCCCUACUGACACUGAAACUCUUGGGACAGAAGCUGGAGCAAGAACAAGAGAACAUGGACAGGGAUUCUGAGGGCCCCCAGCUCCUGCCAGGAAAGGGGGACAGGCCCGAGGCCAUGCUGCAAAGCGCUCUGAGGAGAAGGAAGGACCUUCUGCAGCAGCUCUGGGAGCAACACUUACUGGACCCAGGCCCACUCUCCCAGGCCCAGCUCUCCCAGGCCCACUCCUGGAGGGAGGUGAAUGGAGGAGCCCACCUGCCAGCCCUGCCCCCAGAGGGGCCCCCUGUGGGUACCUACCCCACCACCUCCCCACCCCCACCAGCCCCAGAGCCACCUCGGAUCAUCCAGCACAGGGUCCCACAGCCUCCGGCCACCAUCAUUCAGCACUUGCCUCAGCAGCCACUCAUAGCACAGAUUCCUCUUCCCCAGGUCUUCCCUCCUCUGAGGUCAGGAAGUAUUAAGGAAGACCUGGUGGACGCCAUGCUGCUUCAGAACGCACAGGCGCACCAGAUCUUGACGCACACCCUGAUGCUGCAGGCCCUGCCUCGCCCACCGCGCCAGGUAGGCUCUGUGCAGACCCAGGCCAAGGGACCCACUUAUACGGGGGUGGCUUUUGAUCUGGAAAUUUCUGCAAGAGAAUUCUGA